CGCACCAAUCACGAGAGCUGUGAUUGAUUGAGCCGCUGUCACCGGACAAGCGGCGAGUUCCCCGUCCAGAAGCUUGAAGUUUCAGAUCAUUCAUCCAACUGAACUGAAGUUACUUUGACAACGACGAAGUGAAUCGACUCGUCACGGGGUGCCUUUUAACCUCUGGAUAUUAUCGUGGCUCUCUAGAGGACAGCUUGUGUAGUCCUGAUCUUCAAACGCAGAGAUGACAGCCGAGAAGGACAAGAAACGCUCGGAGCGGCGUAAGGAGAAGUCGCGUGAUGCGGCGCGCUGCCGGCGCAGUAAGGAGACGGAGGUGUUCUAUGAGCUGGCCCACCAGCUGCCUCUGCCACACAAUGUCUCCUCCCACCUGGACAAGGCCUCCAUCAUGAGACUCGCCAUCAGCUUCCUUCGCACGCGCAAGCUCCUGUCUGCAGGCUGCAGUGCUGCAGAGACAGAGGAGGACAGACAGAUGGACACCAUGUACCUGAAGUCUCUGGAGGGCUUCGUCAGCGUGAUUACCACCGACGGAGACAUAAUAUUCCUCUCUGAGAACAUCAACAAGUUCAUGGGCCUGACACAGGUGGAGCUGACAGGCCACAGCAUCUUUGAUUUCACUCAUCCAUGUGAUCAUGAUGAGAUCCGUGAGAAUCUCAGCCUCAAAACAGGUGUUGGAAAGAAAGGCAAAGAGCUGAGCACAGAGAGAGAUUUCUUCAUGAGAAUGAAGUGCACAGUGACCAACCGCGGCCGUACUGUCAACCUGAAGUCAGCCAGCUGGAAGGUUCUGCACUGCACUGGCCACAUGAAGGUGUACACCAGCGGCCCGCCACGGGCUCUGUGUGGCUACAAGGAGCCGCCACUGGCCUGCAUCGUCAUGAUGUGCGAGCCCAUUCCCCACCCCUCCAACAUCGACACCCCGCUCGACAGCAAGACCUUCCUGAGCCGCCACAGCAUGGACAUGAAGUUCACUUACUGUGACGACAGAGUGGCAGACCUGAUGGGCUACAGCCCUGAGGACCUGCUGGGACGUUCUGUCUAUGAGUUCUACCAUGCCCUGGAUUCUGACAGUGUCACCAAGAGCCAUCAGAACCUGUGCACUAAGGGACAGGCUGUGAGUGGCCAGUAUCGCAUGCUGGCCAAACAUGGAGGUUAUGUGUGGGUGGAGACCCAGGGCACGGUCAUCUACAACAGCCGCAACUCUCAGCCACAGUGCAUCGUCUGCGUCAACUACGUCCUCAGUGAAAUUGAAGAGAAGGCCAUGGUGUUCUCUAUGGAUCAGACAGAGUCUCUGUUCAAGACCCACCACAUGAGCAGCUUCUUCAGCCAGACGGGGCCAGUGGCGGCCGAGUCCGGCGAUGCCCUCUUCACCAAGCUCAAGCAGGAGCCCGAGGACCUCACCCAGCUGGCGCCGACCCCCGGAGACACCAUCAUCAGCCUGGACUUCGGUCACCCUCAGUUUGAGGAGCGUCCACUGUUCAGUAAGAUGUCCCCCAUGCCCCGUCCUGCUGGGCACUCCUUCCUCAGUGACAGUGUCAAGCCUGGUAACCCUGAGGUGCCCACUGUCACCCCAACCUUCUGUGUGUCACAGGCACCCCCACCUGGCAGUGCCACCCCCAGCCUAAGCAGCUGCUCCACACCAAGCAGCCCAGGUGAUUGCUACGCUACCGUGGACAGCGAUCUGACAAGCUCCCAGAUAGAUCUCACAGAGAAGAUGUAUGCUCUGGACACCCAGGAGACAAACGCCACUGGCACUACAGAGUCUGAUUUGAGUGAUCUUGACCUGGAGACCCUGGCUCCCUACAUCCCCAUGGAUGGGGAGGACUUCCAGCUGCACCCCAUUUGCCCUGAAGAGUCCCCCGCCAGCGAGACCACAGGCCUGGGCACCACCCAUCACAGCUUUAGCAAUAUCGCCAGCCUCUUCCAGCCCCUCUCCUCCGGCCCGCCCGCCCACUACCAGCCCACCAUGGGCACCACGGGGGCAGACAAGCGGGCACCCGGCGCGGACCCCUGGCCCAACAUGGCCUGUGGAGGGCCCCCUGCCCUUCCACCUUACCACGCCCCGGCCAGCACCCCUCUGUCCUCUAUGGGUGGCCGUCAGAACCUGCAGUGGCCCCCUGACCCCCCGUUACACUACCAGCGGCAAGUGGCCAAACCAGGCAUGUCAUCCACUCAGCACUUGCACCAGAUGAUGCCAACCAAUCAGAUGCCCAUGUACAAGCAAAGGUCCAUGGAGAACUUUGUCCAAGCCCAGAGGGACAUGAGCCCGGCUCGUUUGGCUCUGGCCAACAGCAUCAAGCGUUCCUUCACUCAGAUGGCAACGGAGGACAUGCAGCAGAAUAAACCCUCAGAGAUGAUGUGGAAGAAGAUGAGGAGUGACAGCUGUGCCGUGAUGGACAGGAAGUGUCUCAGCACCAGCGCCCUAUCAGAUAAAGGUAUGGGCUUGUCAGAUGGCUUUGGCCAUCAACACAGGAAGACACAGUACCCCUGUAACCAAACAUGCAUGUCAAAGAAACCUUUCUCUGGACAGUGCUGCAACUACAGAGAGUACAGCUUAUUGCCCUCAUCCAAAAAUGAGGGGAUGGUGAGUCGUCUCCUGGGCCCCUCCUUUGAGACCUUCUGCCUGCCUGAGCUCACGCGUUAUGACUGCGAGGUGAACAUUCCCCUGCAGGGCAAAAUGCACCUGCUGCAGGGCAGCGAACUCCUGAGGGCUCUUGACCAGACCACCUAGACCACGAGACCUGGUCCCAGAUCAGCCCCUCAACACCUCCCCACUUACACAACCCUUCCAGCGACUCGCUGAGGGCCUCUUAUCAGACCACCAACACAGGCCACCUGUGUCCCAAAACCUGGUCCCAGAUCAGUCCCUUGUCCCCUUUCUCACUACAAUCCUCACCACCCCACCCCUACUGAUCUCCCAAAACCCCACUGAGAAAAUGAAAAGAUAUCUGGAAACUUCUGUAAGGAGUGAUAUAUACUCAGAACAGCAACCCUAGAAGCUUGGUCAGCGAGUGUAUGUUUUUAGAUAGCCUAUUAUGAUGAGGUAUGACAGUGUAUGAUGUCAGAGAGGUUUGAUUUCCACAAUGUGCUUUCCAGGAUCCAGCUCCUCUUCAAAUCACUAUGAGGUGGUUGCUCAAAAUGUAGCAUUUUGAAAUCUGUGGGUUCGAGUAGAGACGAGCGAAUGCAGGCGCGUGUGUGUGUGUGUGUGUGUGUGUGUGUGUGUGUGUGUAUGUGUGUGUGUGUGUGUGUGUGUGUGUGUGUGUGUGUGUCAGACAGGUUCUUAGACAGGCACAGAAUGCAGUCUGCCACUAUUGUGCCUUCAGUCAAAGUAAGUUUUGUGCAGAGAAGCCCUUAUUUUGAUAGAAAUUACCAGCAGACAAAACAAUGUGUUUAAUAAAGAUAUGUAAUUCUUACCCAUGCUAAAAUGAUAGCACAACACAGGUGCCCCUAAAAUAAACCAAUAUGUUCCUCACAGGCCAUGGAACCUGAUGAAGCAUUGAUUUUUUUUAACACUGCCAGUCUAAGAAUAUUUAGUUAAAUACAAGCAUGAAGUUAUCAGCGCAAAAUAGAGGUGACUUCUCUUGCAACCACGGCUACUGGCAAUCUUACCCACAGACGCCCACCUCAUCCCAUUUUAUUAUUCACAGAAAAGUCGCUUAGAGAUUUAUUUUUACUAUCCUCAUCUUUUAAGUUAUAUACCUGCAUUAUUUUUUAGUUACAAGGAUUCAUUGCAUAUUCAUUUUUUUUGUCAGUGUCCGAAACCUAUUUACCGAACUUUUAUCUUUGUGUUUAGAGUGUUGGAUUCUAUUAUUGUCAUCGUGGUCCUCUGUCUGUCAUUCUACUUGGUUACAACAAGCUUGAUCCGGGGGGAGACCCCCAUGUUGCCUUCACAUGUUUGGCAUGUUUUUAGGAACUAUCACAAGUAGCCAUUUCCUCCCUUUAAUCUUCCUUCAUUAUUUUUCUCAUUUUCACUGUCUGCCUUUUCCUCACAUCUCAUCAAUGCUCUGUUGUGGUGACCACUUUAUCUUUACAUAUAUAUGAAUAAAUAUUUUAGAGCUGUAUCCGUAUAUUUGUUUAAAGUGGAUUGGAGAUGUCCAGUACUGUGUCUAAAAAUACUAUUUUAUUGCUUGUAGGCUUCGGUACUCUUGUCUUCUCUAUGCAGUAGAUACAAAUCGGAGUACUGUCUGGUUUCAACGGAAAGUAGCACUGUUGUUUUUUUCCUGUGGUUUGAGAUAUGCAAAAGCCUUACCGUAUUUUCUCUUUUUUUGGCAGGCCAGUACUGUUCCUUCUAUCAUGUCCUUUUGAUUUUGUUGUUGUUGUUGUUGUUAAUCAAAAAGCAGUAAAUAAAAAAAAAUAUAUAUUCAGUAAUAAUAAGAAAAAGUUCCACUCUUGACACAUGUAGCAGAAUUCUGAAUUUUUUGAAAGGCAAAAAUUGUUAAGACUGCAUUUAAAUGAAACAGAUGGACACAUCUGAUGAUGACAAUACUUUUGUAGAUGAGUUGAGGUGUUUGCUUUGGAGCAGCAGCCGAGUUGUGUAUUACUGGGAUCCACCCACAUUAACACUGUAUCUAUCUAUUUGUUUGUUUGUUUGUUUGUUUUCUUUUUUAGGGAGGGGGCUGAGGUUGUCUUUAAGGUUGAACUGUGAGUUUCACUAAUGCCUUAAAACAUGCCCAGAUUUUGCCAGAAGUGCUUAAAGAUGACGAUUAGACUAACCCCUCAGAGCCACAGACUGGUAUCUGCUUUGUUGAGUCGUGUUUUAGAGUUAGAUUCACUAUCCCAUGGUACCCAAAUCCUGUCUUAUUUAUAUCCAUAAGCUCACCAUUUGCCAAAUAUGAAAUACAUCCCUUGGUGGUAGUCUGAUAACAUCCUCAUAGCUGUUCAUUAUUAUUAGCCAUGGAAAUAUAGUAUAAUAAUUAAUGAUGAUAUACUAGUCUGAGUUUAGAUUGUAGACAACACUGGUGAAAAGGUGAAAUGAGAAGAUAUAUUCUAGAAUUCUAGAAGUUGUCUAAGUAUUUUAAAGGUUUUGCAGGUGCAGAGCUAGCAUACUCUGCAGUCAUGCAUAGCCACUGCGUUGACUGUGAAUGUGUUUAUGUCAGAUUGGACUAGGUUGUUGGAAAAUUGGAUAAUGUCAUGGAUGUCACUGAGGAUUAUUCAGUAACCAAGGUAAACUGGCAAGCAGAGGCAGUGUUCUAUAUUACAGCCAGGGGGUCUGUUCCUCUCAAGCCAAAUCUUAACAUGCAUUUGAUUAUUACCCUCCGCUGAAUCCAAACAUUCAGAUGUCACUGCGAUAUUAAGCUCAAUGAUUGCUUUGGCAACAUGAGUAAUUGCCACUCCAGAAACAAUAAAAUGAAGCCUGAGUUAGCAUCUUACAAUGCUGAUGGAGAGCAGAAUGUCUCUAUGGUAUGUUGGCAAUUGAGCUAGUCCUCUUGCCUUCAAACAUAGGGCUAUGAGAGGAAGGUAGAGACCUUUUGAGCGGUGAGGAAGGGAGGUGAAGUCUGCUCAGCCUACCCACUGAUGCAGCAACCUCAUAUCUCACAGCAUUAACAGUCUCUUCCUCUCUCUAUAUAUCAAUAUAUUUUGCAAACACCCCCAGUCCUUCUCUCUGUUAUCAAUACACAAAUAUGCAUUCUUGUGCAACCUAAAAAAAAAUCAUAAUUUAUGGGAAAAAAUAUCGCUGGAACAGCCUCAAUCCAAAGACAGAGAAAAGACAAAAUGUUCUCUUUGUUUUCCUCGAGCCAAAGCGAACAGAAUCUUGAGCAUUUCCCCAAGUGAUGUGGAGUCUAGAUUAAAAAUAUUGCCCGGAUAAUGCAAGAGGAUGUGCAAUUUGAUGUUGUUUAUUUAUGUUUUCUGCUAAGUGGAUGAGGCAGGGCGCAUGAGUGUCUGUCAAGGGGAAUGAGAAAUUGGUGUCCCAUCAGACUUCUGUACACAGAUAGCAAGAUGUUUUACUCAAAUAUAAAUAUACUGAGUCCCAAGUAGUCCACAAGCAGAAUAAACUUAUGGGGACACAUAUUUGACCUGGAGUGUCCCCAUUAGGUUAGUUUGUCAGGAGCUUUACCAUGAACCAGGAGCUCAAAGAGUAUAGUUCUCUAAUGUUUACUUGAAUUACCAGUGAUUAAAGCCAAAGUAAAGUUGCCCACACUUCAAUUCUAUUUAUUUGUUACCUUACAUAUCUCAGUAUUGGCUUGGUUGCACUAAAGAGUUAAUAGUUAAUAAAAGAAAACUGUACACCUGUAAGUGAGGAGAGACAUGGUCAAGUCAAGAUGCAUCAACUGCCCACAGAAAGACCUAUCACCAGUCUUAGCUGUAGCCUCUGUGUUCUCUGAGGGGUGUUAAAACGUCAUGUGCAGUUAACCAUAAAUGUGAUGAAAGCUGUGUCAACCGUAUUCUUGGCAUAUACAUGUUGCUCACACUCAACAUUAAGGGCAUUGCUUGUCCAAAACUGAGAAAUCUACCAUUGUGUGCUUAACUUUAUGUCAGUAGUCAUUACUGUCAGGUUUUGUUUUAUGAGAUCAACAGAAACUGCUUUUUGACUCAUGCAUGGUUCUACUGGAGUAAAGAUGAGCUGAUGAUGGCGGAGUUUCCAUUUGUGGACGAUGUGUCCAUUUAAAGACAAUUACAGUGAUGUUUUUUGUUUGUUUUCUAGACAUAAUAAAGGGGUUGUUUUCAUGGGACUAUGUCUGCUUUCACCCUGUUUAAUUUUUGUUUUGGAUGUCUUAUAGUUACAUUAGCUGAAACCAUGACUAUUUUAAUAUGCUAAAUUCAUAUUUACUAUAUUAUUAUUAUUAUUAUUAUUAUUAUUAUUAUUAUGAUUAUUAUUAUAUUUCUUGUUAUUGUUAUUACUGUAUGGGAAAUUUUGCCCCAGUAAGAAGUUGUAUUUCUGCACUGAUAUGUUAUUAAAGCAUAUUGAUCUCA